AAACUGUGGCGAUUUGACUCGAACCGCCCCACCCCUCCCUUAAAGCAGACUCUUGCCCUCUCAACGUUACUUCUGCUACACAUCUUUCUCCUGCACACUAAGGAACUUCUCCAAUAAUGGCUGAUAAAACAAGCUUUGCGGAUACCACCGUUCACCUGGAUGUUAAGGAUUAUUAUGGAAAGACACUGAAAAACACCUCAGACCUAAAGAGCAAUGCCUGUGUGGCUCCGGCCCAGCCGCUCCCAAAAUUCAUCCUCCAGGCUCUGAAGAAAGUCCAUGCUGACGUCACUGACAGAUACUAUGGCUGUGGUCUAGUGGUACCAGAGUGUUUGGAGGGCUGUAAGAUUCUGGACCUGGGCAGCGGGAGUGGUAGAGAUUGCUACAUGCUGAGUCAGCUGGUGGGCGAGAGUGGCCACGUCACUGGCAUCGACAUGACUGAGGAUCAGCUUGAAGUGGCCAGGAAGCACGUGGACUUUCACAUGAAGGAAUUUGGCUACAAGAAGCCGAAUGUGACUUUUGUCCAGGGCUACAUUGAGGCCUUAACAGAGGCGGGUCUGGAAAAGAACUCUUUUGAUAUCAUUAUCUCCAACUGUGUGGUGAAUCUUUCGCCUGACAAGAAACGAGUCCUGACUGAAGCCUACGACGUGCUUAAGGAUGGUGGUGAGUUUUACUUCAGUGACGUCUACUGCAAUGGAAGACUAACGGAGGAAAUUAAAAAGGACAAAGUCCUGUGGGGUGAGUGUUUAGGCGGGGCGCUGUGGUACAAAGAUCUGCUACAGUUGGCCAAGGAAGUAGGAUUCAGUCCCCCGAGGCUCAUUACAGCCAGCAUCAUCACUGUUGACAACAAGGAACUGCAAGGCAUUCUGGGUGACUUCAAGUUUGUCUCUGCCACAUACCGCCUGUUUAAGGUCCCUAAAGGCAGCACCAAGUCCUGUAAAGUCAUCUAUAAUGGUAACAUUACAGGGUCAGAGGAGACGCUCCGCUUCGACUGUCAGUACACCUUCAAGGCUGGAGAAGUUACGGAGGUAGAUGCUGAAGUGGCCUCCAUCCUGACCCAUUCCAGGUUUGCGCAAGACUUCACUUUCCAGCCACCUGGAGGCUCCUGUGAACCCUGUGGAGACAAAUCAAAGGCAGGCACCGAGGAUCCUUUCGAGCUGGCUGAGAAGCUGAAGAAGCAGAGUCCAGGUUCUGCCACAGGGGGGUGCUGCAGUACAAAGUCUGCAAGCUGCUGCAAGUAAUUAAUGACGUGAAGCAAGUGACGUCACAUCAUCAUCAUCACGUCUCAGAAUCAUUGGUCUCACUUUACUAUAAGGUACAUAAGAUAAUUUAGAACUAAUGAGUUGGGGUUAGGUAGGUUCCUUCCUCAUUAACCUGAUUACCUGAUUAUGAAGUGAUACAAAAACAUUCAAAUGUCUAGACAUGAUGUAGACUAUGAUUGCAGUCAUUUCUUUACACCUUUAACGAGUUGACCUAGCAACCUCUGAAGUACAAUUUUUCAUUUAAUUGAAUUGUUUAGUCAUUAUUACAUCCUAAAUCAGCAUAUUCUCGAGUUGUUAUUUUGUAUGAAUGAAAUAAAUACUAAUGAUUGUAAUAAUAAAAGGUGUCUAGAAGUGUAUUAUAUAUUU